GGUUUUAACUUGAGGAUGAUUGCUGAAAGCAAUUGAAAAUGUUAUUUUCUCCAUUGUCAUGUUUCAUGAGCUGGAUUUUUGAUUGUGUGUGUAUGUUUUUUAGUUUUUUUUAUUUAAAACUUUGUCUUGUAUGACAAUUAUAAAUUCUUUCAUUUUCAAAGAGGCAUCACUAAGCCAACCACAGUUUGACACAGUUUUGUUAAUGUGAUCCUUGCUAAGAUCAUUAGGGUGCCUAUUAUAGAGCUCCUUAUAGGUCCAAGACUAUCUAAUGUGUUUGUGUAUUUUAUGUAUUGUUCUAUUUCAGGUCAGUUUCUUAUAGAUUUAAUGGUUAUUGUUUUUGUCUGCCAGAGUUAGAACAUUAUGUGAUUGUGAUAUUUCUUGUGUUUUGUAGAAAUAAUUUUGCAAUAUCUGUAUUUAUUUGUAGAGAUUUCUUAUAUCCAUGAGGCAUUGCUUUCUUUCUUUUAUGAAGAAUCAACUUUUCUAUGGAGGAGUUAGGUUAAUUUUGUUAUGCUGUUAAUGUUUGUAUUUUCUUUUUGAGUUGCCUCUAUUCUGUUGUAUGAGUCCAAUACAUAACUUCAAAUGAAUGUGUGAGUAUUAUUUUUAUAAUAUCUAAUUAAUAUUAUGUGAUAAAUAAAAACAUUUGUUAUUUGGUGGCCAUUUUGUAUUUUUGAAACUGCAGUUUUAAGGGAUUCCAUCUCAAUUAUUUUGUGUUAUUUUCAUUUCACUUGUUUUUUAAUUUUAUUUACAAUGAACUGCUAAUGGAAAUAAAAAAGAAACAAGAGAAAAACAGAAUAUUUGAGACAAUACCUUCUAAACUGCAUACAGGUUUAGUAUUUUUGCAAUAUAGGAGUGAAACCAAACGUGCUCUUUUGCCAAAUGAAAUAACAACAUUGGAUACAAUAAAAGCCUUAUUUGUUCGCUCUUUUCCAAAGCAAUUAACUAUGGAGUAUUUAGAUUCACCUCACAUUCGUAUUUAUAUUCAUGAUCCUUCCAAAGAUAUGUUUUAUGAGUUAGAAGAUUUGAGAGAUGUUAGAGAUAGAUCAGUGUUACGGAUAUACGAACGUGAUGUCAAUGGUGGUGAAGCUUACAGUACUUGGGAACAGGAUGUUAGUUAUUUCUCUGAACCAGAAUUUGAUUCAGAAUAUCAAAAUCAACACAUACAUAGAUCAAAGGUAUCAAAGUCUUCAAUGCAACCUCCUGGAUAUUAUGGCCGGGUCAGUCCAUAUGCACCUUCAAAUAUUUCUCAAACACUGCCACAUAGAACAACAAUUAGAUGUUAUUCACCUACUCCAUCUGAAAGACAUAAAACUCAAACAUUACAUCCGCCUGGUCCUGUAAUGCCUCCUCCUAAGCCUCAAAGGAGUUUUCAACAAGGAGUACCUGUUUUACCAAUCACACCUCCACCACCUGGUCCACCUCCAUCCAUUCCUUCUCCACGUUCUGUACCUUCAUAUCCCAUGGAGAGACGCCAUGAACCUCAAGGAGCUUAUCUUGCUCCCCCAGAUCGUAUUUAUCCCACAUCUGGACAAUCACCAUACCAACCAUCUCCAGAACAUCGUUAUGAGCAUUCUUAUCAUUCUUCACCAGACAGAAGUAAUCAUGAUCUUGGUUAUUUAUCUUCCCCUGAACAUCGUUACGAUCAUCAGCAAUCAUUUCCAAUAUAUGGCAAUUCUUCAUUUGAAGAGCAGAGUUAUUAUGGAGAAAGGAUGUAUGGAUCAAGAUCAGGAAGUGUCACACCUGUUGUAGAUGAACAAACAAGACUUCGUGUAGAACAUAUGGAACGUCAGUUGGCUAAUCUUACUGGAUUAGUACAGAAAGCAUUGUCAACUGGCCCACCACCUAGAUCUCACUCAUCUCAACAGAUACCAACAAGAGACACAGAAUCUCAGCAUACUAAAGAAAAAAUAGAAAAAGGAUAUAGCAGUGAAAGAGAAGAAGCAGAACCUGAAAUAGCACGACAGUUAUUUAAAGAAGAAAAAUCUGUUUCAUUUUCGGAUGAAACAACGAAUGCAAAUUCUUGUAUUCCAAAACAACAUUCUCCCCAACAUGCAGCUGAGCGUCCAGCAAAACCAGCCAUUAAAACAUCUGCUUCUUUAAAGUCACAAUCAUCAGAAAAUGAAGUUAUUCCAACAACUUCUUCAACAACUGUUAUGCCAGCAGAGAGAGAAGGUCGUCCUUCUAGUGGAAAACCUGCUCCUCCACCUAAACCUGCAUCUCUGUCUUCUGCUCUACUGGAAGUGAAACAGCAUGGUUCUUUUUCUUCCAAAGAAUUUCAUCUAAAUCCAGAAUUAUAUACUCAAUUGAGACAAUUGAGGAAACAAACCAAAGAUUUAAAGUUAGAAGUACGUAAUUUACGGCGUGUUGCUCAAGCUCAAGCAGUUACUGCAAAAGAAACAGUUAGAGAUACUUGUCUGAAAAUAAAGGCUAUGAUUGCAUCAGUGCAAGUAGGAGAAGAUCAAAAUAAUGUUGAACGACAACGGAUUUCUCAAGAAGAAGAACUGUAUAGACAAGAUGUGACAAAAUUAGAAAAGGAUUUAUCAGAAUUAGAAAAUCAAGUUGAAGAACUUAGAGGAAAUGUCAUUAACAGAAGAUGUCGUGUAAACAUAUCUGAUGUGGAAAGUAUGGCUUUAGUCCUAAGUAGAGCUAGUAAAAAUGUAGCUGAUUUGAAAGCAAGAUUUCCUAAUCUUCAACAAACUAUGAAAACUGUAAUGACAGCAGAAAUGGAAGUUGUUAUUAGAGAAGAAAAAUUUCUGAAGGAAGAACCAGACAGAUUAGAAAAUGCCUUAAGGAGGUGUAAGAAAUUGACUGGUACUUUAGUAACACUUAAACGAUUGGCAUCAGUACAGGAACAGCGUCAUUCUGCAACACAUCCUCUUCCAGAAAAAUCAUCAUCUGCUGAUGGACCACAUUCAGAUGGAGAAACUCAUGCAACUAAGAUUGUUGAUUCAGAUAGUCAUACAGUAAUCCAUGUUCCACCUGAUGGUCAUCAGAAGACUCAGAAAUCAGAAACCACUUUGGAUACACUGUUGGAUGAUCUCCAAUACUUAACUAAAGUAGGUGAUGCCAAAAGGGAUUUUAUUCCAGGGAAAAGUGGUCCUCAGAGACGUCUUCCUUCUUAUCCUAGUGCUGAUUCUCCAGUUCGGACACCUAUUCAUGUACAUAAAACCUUAUCAACUGGAAGUCAGGGUCACAGCGCUACAGGUAGCAAACUUCAAGUUGGAAUGGGGAAGCGCAGCCUUAGUCUUUCUCCAACUCCUUCUUUCUCAGAUGGUAGAACUUCCCCAUAUUCUCAUGAACAUGCACAAGCUCUUAUUAGCAGUUUAAGAAAAUCGAUUGAAGUUCAAGAAUCCUUACAACAACCUGCUCAGACUGCUCAGAAAAAAGUGCCACCACCACCACCUCCAAGAACAACCAGCUGUUCUCCUGUAGCUUCACCUACUAAUCCAACAUCACCAAAACAAAAAUUUGAUUCAACUUCCAAAACAUAUGGUCAUAUGAGGAGUAAUUCUGAGCCUGCCAGUAAAUCUGAAAGUAAUAUAAAAAAGCCUAUUACAAAUAGAUCAGUUUCAGCAUCUAAACAAGAUUCAUUUGAUAAUACAACAGAAAUAGUGCGAACUAGUGCUAUUAAUGAUGAUGAUACAUUUCCCAGAGAGCAUCUUUCAAGUAAUAGUAGCAGUAGUGAAAGUGUUAACUCACAAGAAGGAUUACAAAUGAUACUUCAUGGCAAAGCAAUAGCAAAAGAUAAAAAAGCUCCUAGUAGACAAUCAUCAACUGAUAGUAAUGUUUCUUUAGAAUAUGAAGAAAAUACCAAAAAGCAAGGACCCCGUACACCAAACAAAAUGCGGCAAGAACUUCUUGAACAACGUCAUCAAGAAUUAUUAAAAAAACAAAAGCAGUUACAAGAGCAGUAUGCUCGACUUCAACAAAUGCAAAGGGGGCAACUACGAUUUUCUCCACCUCGCAGUGGAUCAUCAACAACUAUUGGCGAUUUGAAAAAAACAGGAAGUGAAAGUAAUAUUUUAUCUAAAGCUGCAUUAUCAUUGACACCAUCAUCAGGUUCUAUGACUCAUUUAGCAGUUACUAGCAAUAUAGUUAAUCACACAGGGCACACUUCACCAUCACAAGGAAUUUCACGUAGCCCUGUUGCAAAAGUAGCUCAAAAUAAAAUUUAUGAAACUGAUAUACUGUAAUUGCCUGUCAUUGAUGUGCAUUAAAAUAAUCUUUAAUUCCACCAAUUAUAUUCACCAUCAUUGAAUGAAUUGUUGUUUUUCCUGUUGUUUUAUGAAUGUUCUGCUUAUGAAAGAAGAUUUUAUAUGUUUCAUUAGAAAAUGUGGCAGAAACUUGAUCACCACAUAUUUGUUAUAAAUACAAAAUAUUGGUCAAUAUAGAAAAUAAAAACUAUACUAUUAUUAGUGCUAUUGAUAAUAUAAAAAUUGUUGUAGUUAAUAUCAUCAAAGUAUAAAACUCAAGAUGUUUUGGAAUGUUUUCUUUCUAAAACUUUUUCAAGUGAAGAAAUUUGUUUGUUGCAAAAACAGAAUUAUAUUGGAAAAAGAGAGGAAAUGUUACAUUUCUAUAGCUUGAAAUUAUUGUUUUCUGAAUAGGAAGUUAGAGAUAAUAUUAGUGCUCAAGAAUCAUCUUUCUAGCCUCUUGCCAACUCAUCACUGAAAUAUGUGAAAUACUCACGUCCAUCAAAUUCCAUAUUAAUAAGAAAAAUAUACUGGAUACAGUCAAUUCUAAAUUUUCAUAAAAUAAGAGUUUUCAAUAGUACAAGAGAAGAUUGUUAAACUCACUGCAUAUCAAACUUUAAAACAUUGUUUUUAUUUAUUGUUAUUUUGUUAUUCCCUCACAAUUGCUACUUUUAUAGUUUUAUUUCUACCCCACAAUUGAAUGUCAUUAAAAACUUAAGAUUAAUGAAUCUAAAUCUCUUGAUAUAUUAUAUACCAUGAUAAUUCAACACAGAGAUAUUUAUUAUCUAAUAUUUAAUAAUUUUUUAGAGUAUAUUGCUAUAGAAGUAUGAAGUUUUGGAGUCAAACAAUGUAAAAAAAUUUAAUAUAACUUAUAUUAUUUGAAGUACAUAAAGUAUCACUCUUUCUGUAUUUCAAAACUCAAUUUGAUAAUUAUCUUACAAA